CCAGGGCGGUCGAUCCUCUCCGCCUCCACCUUCUCCACCUUCUCCACCUUCUUCAUCAAGCUCCCGUCAUCUUCCCCGAAUAUCUCUUUCUCUUUCCGAGAGAGGCAGGGAAUCCCCGUCUGAAGAAAGCCCUGAAUCUCUCUCAAGACCCUUAAAGGCGUCAUCUUUAUCCUCGUAAUCUCUCCCCGGUUGUCACCAUCCUUUGGAUUUCUUAAUCCAAAUCUCUCGGGUUCCAACGCCAAAGUACCCUUUUGGUUUCCUUUCCUUCGAAUGCCAGAAAGUCUCUUCCUUUUCGACUCUCUCCUUCCCAAUCCUCCGAUUCUUUAUCGGGGAGCUCGCAUCUCUCGGCUCCGCCACUGUCUUGCGUCCGAAGCAUUUCGAACGUGCACUCCAAGUGUUCGUUUUCCCUCGCUUUCUCCGCCAAGAAGCUGUUUCUUGAUGUGCUAGUUUCAUUCGACCCGUAACAGUUUUAUUCGGCUGACCGUGCGUUCCAUUAAAUGCCUAGCUUGUCGUAUCCUAACCUAUCGUUCUUAUUUACUCGACCAGUUCAUUGACUGUUAUGAGAUCGUUACUCGAAUCACCCCAUUUUUCCUGAUUGCAAAAUGGCCGUUUUGUGUUGAAAACUGUCGGGCAUUCUGCUUAAAUGCUGUUCGUAAGCCCCAAGAAGCGACUUUGGUCACGCUUUCGAACCUCCUUGCUUCUCUUCGAGUCAAUAUUCGGCUACCCUGAGCUUUUCCUUUAGCCAGGAGUCUUGGGGGUAACUUUCACGGGCACCCUUUUGAAGAGCAUGAGGAAAAAUGCUAAUCCUCACCUGGUAAGGAUUUUCAGUGAUCGAAAAUGGAUCCCUCCGUUUUUCGCGAGUUUACUCGUGUUGGUCACGCUGUUGUUUUCUGCUGUUUUCGGGUUGUUUGGAUCUCCUUACGGUGAAUAUCAAUCCGCAUUUGAGGAGAAGUUGGAUGAUCGAAAUGGGCUCUUUGUAGAAUCAGAGAUAGACAAAUCGGCCAAUGCCAAUGGCCGUUUAGCAGGGGAUGCACCCAGAUUUGCGUAUCUUAUUUCGGGUACAAAAGGCGAUAGUCAGAGGAUGAUGAGAACUUUACAAGCUAUUUAUCAUCCUAGAAACCAGUAUAUUCUGCAUCUGGACCUUGAGGCGUCACCUCGCGAACGGAUGGAUUUGACCCUGUCUGUAAAGAAUGAUCCGACAUUCCGUGAAGUAGAGAAUGUCAGAGUAAUGGCUCAGUCGAAUUUGGUUACUUAUAAGGGACCUACGAUGAUUGCAUGUACACUUCAGGCCAUUGCAAUUAUGUUGAGGGAGAAUUUGCGAUGGGACUGGUUUAUAAAUCUUAGCGCUGCAGAUUAUCCUCUUAUGACACAGGAUGAUCUGCUAUUUGUAUUUACCAAUUUGUCCAGAAGCCUGAAUUUUAUUGAACAUGCUCAGUUUGCUGGGUGGAAAUUGGACCAACGGGCGAAACCAAUCAUCAUUGAUCCAGGGCUCUACUUGUCAAAAAAGUCUGACAUAUCUUUGACCACUCAACGUCGAUCACUGCCAACAUCCUUUAAGUUGUUUACUGGAUCUGCUUGGGUGAUGCUAACCCGUGAUUUUCUCGAGUACUGCAUUUGGGGAUGGGACAACCUUCCUAGAACCAUUCUCAUGUACUACACAAACUUUAUAUCUUCUCCAGAAGGUUAUUUUCACACCGUCAUUUGUAAUGCCAAAGAGUACCGCAAGACUGCUAUAAGCCACGACCUUCACUACAUUGCUUGGGCUGAGCCACCAGGGCAGCAUCCUCUUGAUCUCUCCCUCAGGCAUUUCGAUAAAAUGAUUAAAAGCAAUGCACCAUUUGCGAGAAAGUUCCGGAAAGAUGAUCCAGUCUUGCAUUUGAUUGACAGCGAGCUUUUAGGUAGGAAAAAAGGCCGGUUCACACCUGGAGGGUGGUGCAUUGGCAACUCAGAUGGUGAGGCCGACCCUUGCUCCUUGCGGGGUGACGAGUCAGUAUUUAAGCCAGGACCUGGAGCUGAGAGAUUGCUGGAGUUGCUUCAGGAACUUUUGUCUGAAGGAUUCCGGAGCAAGCAGUGCUCUUAAAUGGUGAGUACGAUCUUACGCAACCUCAAGUGUAAAUUUUUGCGUUUGUAGAUCUUACAGUUGAUGUAAUCAUUACAACUUAGUUCAUCAUAAUGAAACUGAAUGUAGCUUUUUGAUUGUGGUA